UCCACUGGACGGAAGUAGCUGUUGGGAGCUUUCAGACGCUUUAAAUUCCUGCGGGGUGGAGGGCUUAGCUUAGUUGCUGGAGUCUGGCGCCACACUCGCAUGGCUGUGGACGUGAAGUCUCGAGCGAAGCGCUAUGAGAAACUGGACUUCCUCGGGGAGGGACAGUUUGCUACGGUCUAUAAGGCCAGAGAUAAGAACACCAACCAGAUCGUCGCCAUUAAGAAAAUCAAACUUGGACACAGGUCAGAAGCUAAAGAUGGUAUAAAUAGAACAGCCUUAAGGGAAAUAAAACUCUUACAGGAACUAAGUCAUCCAAAUAUAAUUGGUCUCCUUGAUGCAUUUGGACAUAAAUCUAACAUUAGCCUUGUCUUUGAUUUUAUGGAAACUGACCUAGAGGUUAUAAUAAAGGAUAGCAGUCUUGUGUUGACACCAUCCCACAUUAAAGCCUACAUGUUGAUGACUCUUCAGGGCUUAGAAUAUUUACAUCAGCAUUGGAUUCUACACAGGGAUCUAAAACCAAACAACUUGUUGUUAGAUGAGAAUGGAGUUCUGAAACUGGCAGAUUUUGGCCUGGCCAAAUCAUUUGGGAGCCCGAAUAGGGCUUACACACAUCAAGUUGUGACCAGAUGGUACCGGGCCCCUGAGUUAUUGUUUGGAGCUAGGAUGUAUGGUGUGGGAGUGGACAUGUGGGCUGUUGGUUGUAUAUUAGCAGAACUGCUUCUAAGGGUUCCUUUUUUGCCUGGAGAUUCAGACCUUGAUCAGCUAACAAGAAUAUUUGAGACUUUGGGUACACCAACUGAAGAACAGUGGCCUGACAUGUGUAGUCUUCCAGAUUAUGUGACGUUUAAGAGUUUCCCUGGGAUCCCACUGCAGCACAUCUUUAUAGCAGCUGGAGACGACCUGCUGGAUCUCAUCCAAGGCUUGUUCCUGUUUAACCCGUGCACUAGGAUUACGGCCUCACAGGCACUGAAGACCAAGUACUUCAGUAAUCGUCCAGGGCCAACACCUGGAUGCCAGCUUCCAAGACCAAACUGUCCAGCAGAAGCCUUAAAGGAACAGUCGAAUCCAACCAUGACAACAAAACGGAAAAGGACAGAGGCCUUAGAACAAGGAAUAUUGCCCAAGAAGCUAAUUUUUUAGUUACAGCGAACAAUGGACAGUUUCACUGCUGAAAGAAAUGAUCCAAAGGCAAAUAAUGGAAAAAAAAUAGGGAAUAUUAAAUGCUACAGAAGAGAAUUUGUAAAUAUUUUACAGAUGUAAAAUAUGUAAAACUAUGGGUUAUUUUUAUUAAAUGUAUUUUAAAAUAAAAUAUUUGUGAUUUAUGAUUAUGAUUAGAGUACAAGAAUAACUUUAGUUCUCUAAGAUGUAACUCAGAGUGCAUUAGGAGAGACUUUACAUGCAAUUACUGAUGAUAUGCACUGGAUGAUAUGCCACUUUAAGAUCAUUAGAUAUAAUACUGAAAACGAAAAAUGCUGUUAGCAGUUUGGCAAGUACUUAACCCUACUUACUACCCAGACUAGCCUUGAAAAGCUACACUGACACCUCUCUUGAUGUCCUCCAGCUUGACCUUACUGUGCUUUUCCUGCAUGCACAGCCAGGGCCCCGACACUGUUCAUUCCCUUCCUUUUUACCCUCCCCAAGGAAGAGGCUUCGGGGAGCUUUGUGUGUGGCUUUUCAUGCUUUUGUACUGUUACCUUCAAAGAGCUCCAUGUCACCUUAUGGCAGCCCAUGCCUUUGAUCCUAGCAUGUGUGGGCAAGUGGAUCUCUAAGAGUUUUAGGACAGCCUGGUCUACAUACUGAGCUCCAGGCCAGCUAAGGGCUACAUAGUAAGGUCUUCUCUCAAAAAGCAUAAGUAAACAAACAACUUACAACAUCUCAUACUAUACUGUUGUUUCUGUUUCUUGUUUAUCAAUAGAUAUGAAUCUAGUUGACUUAAUUACAUUAUGAUAAUACAUGUAAAUGUUACUUA